AUGGUGCAUCAGGAGAAACGUGUCUACCAGGCCCAGAGGAAUGACAGAGAGUCCAUCAGGCAGAAGCUGGCUCUUGGCAGUUUCUAUGACGACGAGGAGCCAGUCAUCUACAACAGCUGCAGCAAGAACGGCCUUCCCACCCGUCCUCCGAGUGGUGUGAACCUGCAGGUGUGUUUUGUGAAUGACAGCAGCAGUGACAAGGACAGCGAUGCCGAGGACAGCAAGACAGAGACCAGCCUGGAUACGCCGCUGUCACCCGUGAGUAAGCAGAGUUCGUCGCUGUCGGACCGGGACACGGGCGAGGAGGACUCGGACCCCCUAGAGGACUGUGGCUUCUGGCGGGUGCAGCGGCGGCUCCAGGAGGAGGCCAGGGUGGCGCUGGCGUUGGCUCGCCCCAUGGCCCGCAUGCAAGUGGAGGUAGAGAGACAGAUCCAGCUCCACCGCCGCUCGCCCGUCGCCGACCUGCUGCCCCACCUGCCCCACAUCAGUGAGGGUCUGAUGAAGAGGAGUCUGAGGAGGGGAGACAUGAGGGACAUGAGCCUGGGCCAGCUCCAGGUCAUCACCAACGAUCUGCACUCACAAAUACAGAGCCUGAAUGAGGAGCUGGUGCAGCUGUUGCUGAUGAGAGAUGAGCUCCAUGUGGAGCAGGACGCCAUGCUGGUGGACGUAGAGGACCUGACCAGGCAUGCUCAGAGCCAGCAGAGACACCUGGCAGAGAAAACCCUUUCCAAAUAA